CCAUUGGCUAAUCUGGUAUGCUAAUAUUGGUAUGCCGUCAUCGCCGACCAAUAGCGGUUUUUGUUAUUGAAAUCUCGCUAUUAUACGCUGGAUGCUGACUACCUCGGCGAUAUAUUUAUGGUUCACUGGUCAGCCAGCAACUACGUAUAUAUUUUUCGUGAUUGAGAAGUGAAUUGAAACUGAUGUCACCAUGAUGCUUUUACCUACGUAGCCGCCAUACAUGUAUACCAUUUGCAACAAGGUCCAGCAGUAGGCCAUGGAUGAUGGUCGAUGCUUACUGGACGUUAUUGGUGACCCUAUUGCCCUGGAUGAGUUUUUGCAGAAUGAAAGCAGACAGCAGCAGCAGCAGCUGCAGCUGAACCUGUAUAACGAUGCGACAGACAACGAACAGAAUAACUUUCCAUCUAGCCAUCAACUCCUCUCGCCAACUGACCUGAUCUUGCCUCAGAGUGGCCCUCAACCAAGCUACCAGCAAACAUCAGUUUCGACCUCUCACGAGCUUGAUCUUCAAGCCGUAUCAAGUACAACUCAUGGUGACGAUCUCGCCGGGACAGACAGUUCAACCAAGCAGAAUGUUGCGGGAGCUAGCAAUUACGACCCCAGAACAGGGGCACAAACGCAGUUUGUUCAGUUGCUGCAGAGCUCACAAGUUCAGGUUGCACAAUCCUCUGUCGGUUCAAGUGCAAUCCCAGUAGCCACCAUCAAGCCAUAUGCUGAGACACCACCGUUACAGGUUCUGAACAGUGGUUCCAAUGCGACAGGCGCUGUUGUUGAAGACUCUACAGCCCAGAGGGCCCUACAGGGACAGGCUGUCAGCCAAGUCCAGGAACAGCCGGUCAAGGCAGCCCCUGCAGCAGCUCAGACCCCUGGGAGCACCUUGCACUACCUCGCCCCGAACUCCACAAUCAUCGCCAGAAAUGCUGCUGGUCAACCUGUCACACUCUCUAGCACAAUGCUACAGGCUGUGCAAAGCAUGACCCAGUCACUGGGACAGAAUCAGGCAGUGGGACAACCCAUCCAGAUCAUACCGAGCAACCAGAUCAUACAGCAAGGCGGUGCUCUCCCUUCGGGAAGGGUCAUGACCUUAGGUCAGGUCAUCAUCGGAGGAGCCGCUGGUCAGCAAAUUACUUUAGUCCAAGCCCCUCCAAAAGCCGCACCCAAAGUACCUGCCAUGCAGACCAUCAUAGCCGCACCCCAGGUCAUCAAAGGCCCCGCCAACAUACAGCCCAAGCCCGCUGGUGGAACCACAACAAAGACUCCAAUCUCUAUCAGACCGGUGCAAAUUUCGAUUCCCACCCAGGCCCUACAGGCUGGUACAGUUCCCCAGAAUUAUCAGAUCAUCACUCACCCGACCCUGGGGCAACCUGUCAUGGUCUCUACAGCGAGCCAAGACCAGACCCAACAACCACAGGUGGUCCCGCAGUUGCUGCAGCCAGCAGCAGCAACUCAACAGGAGAAUAACAACAGUUCCACACAGCAAACAAGUUUCCGCUUGGUGCAGCACCCAACUUCGGGUCAAAUUCUACAGAUUCCUGCGCAGGCUGUUCAACAAGGUACUUCAAGCACCCCACAGCAGCAGCAGCAGAGCUUUAGAGUAGUUCAACAGCAGUCAACAGGUCAGCCACUCCAAGUUGCAGCAGCACACCCGGAUGGCAACACUCCAGUUCAGCAGACCUAUCAAAUUGUUAACCAACCCACAACAGGACAGGCAAGUGCCUUGACGAAGACCCUUGCCCAUUCACAAGGAACUGUGACAUCACAAACUGGGAUUAUUAUGCCUCAGCAGGCUGUUGUGCUCCAGAAUCAGACUGUCCUAACAAACAGCGGGACCUCCCAAAAAGUGCAUCCAGUCAUUACCAUAGGUACAAGCCAAGGAAACAUCAUUGUGAUGACACAGUCACAGCCAGUUGCCUCCACAACCACAACGCAGUCUGGAAAUGAGGUCGCACCAGAACCUGCCAUUAGUGAGAGCCAGACUGAGUCAGCAAGUAGCAAGACAAAGAAGCCCUCGCGACCUUCGAAGAAGAAGAAAACAAGCACAGACAUAGCCCCUAAGACAGGCGUAGUGGAGAAGGCAUCCCCACUACAAACGUCAGCGCAGGCAAUCCAGCGGGUUCCAACGCAUCAGAAUCCAGCCACAGUUGUCUUGCAGACAGAUUUCACCAUCACUCCGAAUGCGCAGGGUAUACCAACAAUGACUGUCAGUCAAGCUGGCAGUCAAGCUGGCAGUCAGUUAUCCGUGGCUCCUCAAGUCACUCAGUCCGUGUAUCAGGUGAGCCAUAACUCGGUGUCGGUCCAGCAGAAGCAAGCAGAUUCCAAGGCACAGGCCUUGCUGGAUGCUGAUCAGCAGCAGUUUCAGCUCUACCAGAAGGUGUUGAAGUUGCAGCAGGAGAAGCAGCAAGCCCAACAGGUUCAACAACAGCAGCAACAGGCAGGGCAGCAAGUUCAGCCGGCCAGCCAAUCAAUCGGGCAGGUGUCUCAAGGAGCUCAGCAGGCACUACAGCAAGCACUACGACUGUCACAGCAGCAAGCACAGCAGCAAGCACAGCUCUCAGCUCAGCAGGCACAGCUUAAGGCGCAGCUGGCACUCCACCAAGCACCGACAGGGCAGCAACUUUUAAAGUCUGCACCAGGACAAUCAAUGCGACAGGAGCAACAGCAGCAGCAACAGCAGCAGCAAGGGAAUCUGACUGCAAAUCAGCAACAAGCUCAGCAAACUGUUGAACAGGUCCUGCACAGCUCCCAAAUGGCAUACACAUCACAGCAACAGCUUCUUUCGAUGAGUUCGCAAGGUUUGCAGUUACAGACGUCACAGGCACCAUUGAGUCAGCCGCAGACGUCGCAGGCACCAUUGAGUCAGCCACAGACGUCACAGUCCUCCAAGCCAAGUCCAGACCAACAGGCACAAUUACAACAGCAACAACAGCCAUUGCAGCAGCCAAAAUCAGGGUCACGGCAAAUGACUUUUGGGCAAGCCCUGCAGGCCCUCAUCAACCAAAGCGGUAAGGGGCAGCAGAUCACAUCCCAACAGCAACUGCAGCAGUUCAUUCAGGCUAAUCCACAGAUAGUAAAACAACUACAAGUGAUCCUUCAGCAACAGAAGCAGCAGCAGCAACAACAACAGCAGCUGCAACUACAGCAAGAUAGUCAAAGUGCACAGGACUCCCUGCUCCAAGCCUCACAAAGUCAGUCAGGUGAUCCACAAGCAUUAAAUAAUGCCUCAACAGCCCAGCAAAGCCAGGGGACAUCUCAACUUGGAAACAUUAACAACAACAGUGAUCAAUCUCUCAAUCAAACUCAAAUCCAACCAUCCUCUGAGCAAGGGUUCCAAGUCUUGCAACAGACAAGAGUUAACACUGUUCCACAACAACAGAUAGUCAACUCUCAAGGACAGCGACCAUUUGGAGGGCUUGGCUCAGCAGCCAUACAUCUGGCAAGAAUGCGCCAGCAAAAGAUUCAACAGCAGCAGCAGCAGCUGCAACUUCAGCAGCAACAACAAAGCAGUACAUUGUCCCUAGACCAACAAAUGGCAGUCGGGAGUGCCAACUCCCAGCAGACCUUUCCCCAGAGUCAGGCGCAACAGCAAAUCUCACAGGUUACACCGGGCCAACAAUCUAACCUGGAGAAGCAGGACCUAGCUCUGGGUCAGCUUGCCAGCGUGGUUCAGACUCCACAGAGCCUGGAUCAGGCAUCACAAGGAAGCCUCCAAGUCUCACAAGGAAACAUAUUCCAGAUUGGGUCUCAAAGUGCAACCAGUGCCCCUGCGCCUCAAAUGACAGUCCAUCAACAGCUGCAGCAGCAGAGACAGUUGAGUGCUGCCACUGCGGCUGCCACACUGCAAGCGCAGCAAGCACAGACUGGAGUCAACCAGGCAUCCCAGGGUGGCCAUUCCCAGUUGCUGGUAAAUGCACCUGCAGGUAGUCAACAGUUGCAGAGUGUAGAGCAAGGAGCCAAAAAUGCUGCUCAACAAGGGGUGCAGGUGCAACAGCAAGGCCUGCAACAGCAGCAGCAAGGGAUGUUGGUGCAGCAAGGUGGUCACCAGCAGGAAGGGAUACAAGUGCAACAACAAGGGGUGCUGCAGCAACAGCAAGGGAUGCAGGUGCAGACAAAUGUACAGCUGCAAGGUGUCAGCCAGCAACAACAGCAGCAGGUGCAGCAAGGAGUACAGAUGCAACAGCAGCCACAAGGCGGGCAGCAAGGCAGCUCAUCAGGAAUCUCCCAGUUGUCAAGCUCCACCGCCAACACCCGGCAGCAGGUCAUCCAGCAGAUCAGCAUCCAGACCCAGAAGCAGCUGCAGGUCAUCCAGAGCCACAUCCGGCAGGUCAGCGCCAUUGUCAACCCCACGGAGCAACAGAAGAACAUGCUGGCCCAGCUGCAGUCGCUGCAGCAGAAGAUAGUGCAGCAGGCGCGCCAGCAGCUGGCCCAGUACCUGGCCUCGGGAGGGUCGCGGCAACAGAAGUCUGUCUCGGCAUCCCAGUUGGUGACGGCUGCCACCCCAUCGUCCCAGCAGUCCCAGGUUUUAAGCCAGUCCACCCCUGCCUUCUCCUCAGCUCAGCAGCAGUCUGCAGCAGCGGGAUCCAGCCAAGUCCUGUCUCAAUCCCUCGGUGGUAAAGACACGCUGCAACAGCAGCAACAGCAGCAGCAGUUGGCCUCAGCUGUUGCAACAGCGGCAGCGAUACAAGCCUCGCCACAGGGAGCAGCCCAGGCAGGUGGUCCAACCACCAAGCAGCAGCUGAUGGUCAAACAGUUGCAGGAGCACCUCAAGAAGAUGACGCCAGAGCAGCUGCAGCAGUUUUCCAAGCAUCACCAGACGCUGCUGCUCAAGAUGCAAGCACAGGGAAGGAUGAGUGGCAACCAGCCACAGCUGCAGCAGAUCACCCAAAAGGUCAUCACGAGCAGCCCGGCAAAGAAGAACAUCGCCAUCAAGCCGGCAAUCAUGUCCCAGCCGGUCGCCCCCAGGGAGUCCCCCAAGGAGAUCCUCCCUAAGCAGGAGAAGGAGAAACACAAACACAAGUCCAAGCACAAAGACAAGGACAAGGAGAAAGACAAAGAUAAGGACAAAGAAAAGGACAAAGAAAAGGAAAAGGACAAACUAUUCAAAAAACCAAAAGCCACCCCCGUUGCCAAGCAGCUGGCCCAGGACCAGGCCAGCGUGGAGAGGACCGACACCAAGAGACCCUUCACCGUCCCCAGCAAAGCCAUCAAGAGACUGCUGCCGUUCCACUUGUUCCAGGACAACACCGCCACCGACAAGCAGCUUGCCACAACUGACGAAAUUUUUGAAGCCAAAUGCAUCGGCUUGAUGGAGAAGAAACAGCGAAUGCUCAGCAAGUACCAGCUGCUGCUCUACAACGAGAGCAUGAGGCUACGACCGUCGGCAGAGGUGGUGAUGAUUGAGCGGAUGUUCCUCAGCGAUGAGCGCAACAAGCUAGAAGCCGACAAGAAACUCAUCACAGCAAGCCAAGAGCUUCUCAACAGCGUUGCCCCGGUCUCCAACACCUUGACUGUAUCAAUCCCAUCAAGUAAUGUAGGCACCACCACCACUGUGUCAUCGUCUUCAAUCAGACACACGUCAAUUUCCACUACAAUAGUAAAGGCAGGCCAAAAAAUUGAUACCCCUAUUCUUCGCGAGUUGGUGACCUCCCCGUCAAUACCGCAGAACCUCCUCUCGCCCAAGAUAGCGGCCGUCUUGACAGAAGCUGUCGCAAGCAAAAUGGCUUCCACGAGGCGCAGUCUGGACAGUGAGGGCAGCACGACCGCCAGAGAAAACGGGUCCCUGGAAUCGUCCAACUCCGAAAGCGGCGACAGCGUUAAAAACGGCGGCGGCGGGGAUGGUGCCGGGUCCGGGUCGCCCCGGUUACCCCCAAAGAAGCGCAAGAUUGACAUGAGCGCGUACCUGAUUGACGAGCAGGUCUCAUCUGAAGGAGGCGGCAACAUUGAAAACCAUGUCAAGUUAAAACUGAAACGAAAGCCUGCUGUCGAAAUCGAUCCAGAAAUGACCCAGCAUCUUGGCAACAACGUCCCCCCGGCUGGUAGCGACCCCAAGAUUUCCCUUCCGUCCAACCAAAGAAGGAUGGUGCCAAACCGGAGAGCCUCCUUCCACGAGGCCUUUCUGAAAUCCAUCGGAAUGGAAGGGAAGGCGAAGAGCAACAGUGACGCACCGACAAAGGAGGACUUGACAGAGGACAAGGAGAUGGAGGAUGAAGCAGUCGAUGAUUAUAGUGACGAGGACGACGAAAAGAUAUCCGUUGUUGACUUACAAGAGCAAAUGGAGUGUGCCAUCAACAGCAUUUUGGACUUACAACGCCAGGAGUCGCUCUCCAAAAGCCCCGUGCCCAAACUGCAUAAACCUCUUGACAAGGUCCGUACAGUUCAGCCGCCUGUCCCCCAGGCCGGACCCAGCCUGCUCAGAGAGGUACAGGAACUUGGGAGCGACGGGAUGAACUUCGACGACCAGUCGGCGCUCUCUGAAUUAGACUUUGAAAGUCAUCCAAACUCCAUUGAGUACGACCUGGAGCACAUGGGGGACGCCUUCCCGUUUGACGCCGACGACCAGACCCAGUUUAUGCCCGAGCAGAAUGCAGACAUUUUCCACACGGACAUCAGUAGCUCCUCCUACCCACCCGCCCCCGUGACCACGGUAGUCGAUGCAAGCCCGCCCCCGGAGCAAACGAUGAACGAUGACACCGAGUCCAGCCUCAACAACGGCGACGCCUACUCGGCGGUGGACAAGCAGUACCCAUCCUCUGGACGGAUGCAAGAUGGCUACGGAAACAACGACGACGACUCGUCACUGCUAGACGAAAGCUCCGUUGUUGCGCAGUUCCAGAACGAACUGAGCAUGCUCCAGAGUCGGCAGGCCGUAGAGGAGCAGGCAACUCAGGAGGAGUUUCUCGCAGGUGGAGCUUCGGGGGAUGCCAACGCUGCGGAGACGGACCCUGAUCUAGAGGCGGCAGUCAACAGCAUCCUCUUCUGAAGGACGUCAAAUCAAAUCCAUGUCUCGGCCUGUAACUGCACGUGCAGGAAAAGAACCCAAAUUAUAUCACUAGAAUUUGGAAGGUCACAAAAACCUUUGAUUCCCCCCCCCCCCC